CCCUCUGACGAUGUUGAGUCUCCCAUUAUUCAGACCGCCAAGAAGCUUGAUAAGCUCAACGCGCCUGCCUGGCAAGUCGGUAUCCAGUUCUUCCAGGUGGGCCAGGAGUCUAGUGCACGCAAACAUCUCAAGCAGCUUGAUGAUGGGCUUGCUGAAUUGGCCGAGGACGACAAUCUCAGAGACAUUGUGGAUACCGUUCCUUUUAGUGGCGCAGAAGGCGAGCCACUGACUGCAGCGGGUAUUCUCAAGGUGGUCAUGGGUGCAGUUCACCGUAGGUUGGACAGAAACUCCAAAGAUCUGCAUAAGACUUGA